GACCUCGAUAGUGUUCGCGACGUUGGUGGCGGUGGUGCUGGUGGUGGUGGACAUCGGCUUUGGGGUCCAGAGCUUUGGGUCUUGCUCUACGGCUCUAAGCUAUCACCCCGCUGCUCCACGCCGUCCUCCUUGGGCGCGUCUCCCGCACUGGCCCUGCCCUGUCGGCGGUAGCACGUCAGUUUGCGGGUGUGCGCAGGCGCGGCGGGGGCUCCUAGUCCCGUUGGGUGGGCGGCUGAGCCCGGGAGCGCGCGAGCGAGACCAUGGCGGGCAGCGGCGCGGGGGGCGGUGGUGUAGGCGAGACGAAGGUGAUUUACCAUCUGGAUGAGGAAGAGACUCCCUACCUGGUGAAGAUUCCUGUCCCGGCAGAGCGCAUCACCCUCGGCGAUUUCAAGAGCGUUUUGCAGCGGCCUGCGGGCGCUAAGUACUUUUUCAAGUCUAUGGAUCAGGAUUUUGGGGUGGUGAAGGAAGAGAUUUCAGACGACAAUGCACGCCUCCCAUGCUUCAAUGGAAGGGUUGUCUCCUGGCUAGUGUCAUCAGAUAACCCCCAGCCUGAGAUGGCUCCCCCAGCCCAUGAGUCUCGGACAGAGCUGGUUCCUCCACCUCCGCCAUUACCUCCUUUGCCUCCAGAAAGGACCAGUGGCAUUGGGGACUCAAGGCCGCCGUCCUUCCACCCUAAUGUAUCCAGCAGCCAUGAAAAUCUAGAGCCUGAGACAGAAACUGAGUCUGUUGUGUCGCUGAGACGAGAACGACCUCGAAGGAGAGACAGCAGUGAGCAUGGCGCAGGUGGCCACAGGCCCAGUGGCACCUCAAGGCUGGAGCGCCAUCUGGCUGGGUACGAGAGUUCCUCCACUCUCAUGACCAGUGAGCUGGAGAGCACCAGCCUAGGAGACUCUGAUGAGGAUGACACCAUGAGCAGAUUCAGCAGCUCCACCGAGCAGAGCAGUGCCUCCCGCCUCCUCAAGCGCCACCGAAGGCGGAGGAAGCAGCGGCCACCACGCAUGGAAAGGACCUCAUCCUUCAGCAGUGUCACCGAUUCCACAAUGUCCCUCAACAUCAUCACAGUCACACUCAACAUGGAGAAGUACAACUUCCUGGGUAUCUCCAUCGUGGGCCAGAGUAAUGAGCGGGGUGACGGAGGCAUCUACAUCGGCUCCAUCAUGAAGGGGGGCGCUGUGGCUGCUGAUGGCCGUAUUGAGCCUGGAGACAUGCUUUUGCAGGUGAAUGACAUGAACUUUGAGAACAUGAGCAAUGAUGACGCCGUGCGGGUGCUGAGGGAUAUUGUGCACAAACCAGGCCCCAUCGUGCUGACCGUGGCCAAGUGUUGGGAUCCCUCUCCCCAGGCUUACUUCACCCUCCCCCGAAAUGAGCCCAUCCAGCCAAUUGAUCCUGCUGCCUGGGUGUCGCACUCCGCUGCACUGACUGGCACCUUCCCUGCUUACCCAGGCUCUUCAUCUAUGAGCACUAUCACAUCCGGCUCCUCCCUGCCUGAUGGCUGUGAAAGCCGGGGUCUCUCCAUCCACAUGGACAUGGCCUCUGUGACCAAGGCUAUGGCAGCCCCAGAGUCUGGGCUAGAAGUCCGGGACCGCAUGUGGCUCAAGAUCACCAUCCCAAAUGCCUUUCUAGGCUCAGAUGUGGUAGACUGGCUGUACCAUCAUGUGGAAGGUUUUCCUGAGCGCCGGGAGGCCAGAAAAUAUGCCAGCGGGCUAUUGAAGGCGGGACUCAUCCGGCAUACUGUCAACAAGAUAACUUUUUCUGAGCAGUGCUAUUAUGUCUUCGGAGACCUCAGUGGUGGCUGUGAGAGUUACCUAGUUAACCUGUCUCUGAAUGACAAUGAUGGCUCCAGCGGGGCUUCAGACCAGGAUACCCUGGCUCCUCUUCCUGGAGCUACCCCCUGGCCCCUGCUGCCUACCUUCUCCUACCAGUAUCCAGCCCCACACCCCUACAGCCCACAGCCCCCACCCUACCACGAGCUUUCAUCUUAUACUUAUGGUGGAGGCAGUGCCAGCAGCCAGCACAGUGAAGGGAGCCGGAGCAGUGGGUCAACGAGAAGUGAUGGGGGGGCCGGGCGCACAGGCAGGCCUGAGGAGCGGGCCCCUGAGUCCAAGUCUGGCAGCGGCAGUGAGUCCGAGCUGUCCAGCCGCGGAGGCAGCCUUCGGCGGGGUGGGGAGCCUGGUGGGACUGGUGAUGGGGGCCCCCCUCCAUCCAGGGGCUCAACAGGCGGUACUCCUAAUCUUCGAGCCCUCCCAGGGCUCCAUCCCUACGGCCCUCCCCCUGGCAUGGCCCUCCCCUAUAAUCCCAUGAUGGUUGUCAUGAUGCCCCCACCCCCUCCCCCUGUCUCUACUGCAGUGCAGCCCCCUGGUGCUCCUCCAGUCAGAGACCUGGGCUCUGUGCCCCCAGAACUGACAGCUAGCCGUCAGAGCUUCCACAUGGCCAUGGGCAAUCCCAGUGAAUUUUUUGUAGAUGUUAUGUAGGGCCCACCUUGAGACCAUGUUGGGUCUGUGCCCUUGGCCUGUCAAAUUUCAGCUUGGUGCUCCUCGUAGUGACUGGGUUCAUCCUGGUGCUUGGUACCUACCACAAGAUUUUUGCCACUGUGACUCUCACCAGCAGUGCCUGGUCCUUCCCCUUCCUCAGGGGUAAUCGGGACCUUUGGUUAUUUGUAGCUUUAUUUUUUUAUAAGCCUUUUUGGGGGUUAAAAUAGACUUUCUUAUAUUUUGGGGAAUAUUUUUUAUAGACAUUUCUUUUAUAUGAAGAAUCCCUUCAUAUGAAAUUUCCUGGGUCCCUUCUAACCCCAGAAUAUGACCACCACCUCCAAUUGCCUAGUUAGCCGUCACCUGGAGGGUGGGUGGUGGUUGGUGGUACCCUGGGAAGAGGAAGUUGGGCUGGGUACCCUAGACAGCAGUCCAGGAAAGCUGGUGGUGCACUUGGGGACUGUGUAGCUGCCUUUGUUACUCUAUUUAUUUUAGUCACUUGUAUAAAACACAAAAUAAAGCAAUAGAGGCCAA